AUGUACGCUAUCGUCUGGGCGCAGGCCCGGCGGAGCACCUUCGCACCGACGCCGCCCGUCCCGGCGCGCGUGGGCCUGCCUCGACACACACAAGUGGGAAAAGCGCCGCAGGCGCACGCGCCCUUCGCCUCGUCCUCUCGGCCGCAAGGCGGCGGGCGGGAGGCCGGCCAGGCGCGCGCUGUGCAGGCGCACGCGCGCAUGGACGCCGUGGCGGACGAGCACAUGGCGAACGGCGUCGAUGCGCAGGCUGACCCUGGGCUGCUCGCGCAGCUCGGGGCUGCAGAUGGCGGCAUCCAUGUGAAGCAUGAGGCGAGCAUUGAGCAUCACCCAGAGCAGCAGCAACAGCAACAGCAGCAGCAGCAGCAGCAGCAGCAACUUCCGGCCGCACAGGAGCAGGACGCCGCGGGCAUGCUCCUCGGCCUGUCGGGCGACGGCCAUAUGCCGGACGGCAUGGAGGAAACUGAGGCGCAGCUGCAGCUGCAGCUGCAGCAGCAGCAGCAGCAGCUCCAGCUGCUGCUUGCCCAGGCGCAGGCCGCCGCCGGCGACGCGGCGGGCGCAGGCGGCGAGCCGCAGCUGCUUUCGCUGCUGCAGCUGGCAGACGGCGGCGGCGGCGAGGCUGGCGCCGACGGCGCAGCCAUGCUGGCGCAGCUGCAGAUGCUGCAGCAGCUGCAGCUGCAGGCCGCGCAGCUGCCGGGCAUGGUCGGCCUUGGCGGCAUUAACAUGCUCGCCGGCACGCAGUUCGCCGCCACGGGCGCUGACGGCGGCGGCGGCGACGCAGAUGGCGAUGAGCCCUCCGCGAAGCGCGCGCGUGUCGACGGCGGCGGCGGCGACGCGGAGGGCGCGGGCGGCGGGCACGAGGGCAGCCACGAGGUCGACGCGGCCGGCGCGCUGCAGGUCGCGCACCUGACCCCCGAGCAGCACGCGCAGCUGCAGGCGAUGCUCGCGCAGGACCCCACCCUCGCCGCCCAGCUCGGCGGCAGCGGCGGCGCGGACGGCGCGGCGGCGGCGCAGCUGAUGGAGGGCCUGCUGGUGCAGGGAGGCCCGCAGCUGGCGCUCGGCGGGGACGCCGCGGGCGCGGACCAGGUGCAGCAGCUGAUGGCGCUGCAGGCUCAAAUCCUGCAGCACGGCAUAGAAACCGGAGAGCUUACGCCGGGGCCGGACGGCAUGCUGUCGCAGGAGCAGCUCCAGACGCUGCAGCUGCAGACGCAGCUCGCGCAGCUGCAGCACCUGCAGCUGCAGUCGAUGCUGCUGCAGCAGGUCCAGACGAUGCAGGAGGGCGGCGCCGAGCUGCUGAUCGGCCCCGACGGCACCGCGGUGCUCGCCGCGGCGCACGGCGAGGCGGCGGCGCCGCCGGCGCGCGGCGGGCGCGGGGGCGGGCGUGGCGGCGGGCACCCCCAGAGGGAGCCGGCGGUGGUUCGGCGCCACGGCGCGGCGCCGGAGCGGACCAUCACGCGCGACAGCCUGCGGGAGGACGAGUGCAGCGCUCGACUCCUGGUCUAG